AGAUCAUAUACAAUUUUUUAUAUAUAUAUUUGGCUUUUUAAAAAUAUAUAAAUAAAUGUGUGUAAGCACUUUUGGCUUCUCCACUCAAUAGCUCCAACUGUAUCUGCAACAAAGUUUGAUACUUCAAAGCUCGCAGGUUCCUUGUCCCAACCUGAAAGAGCUAUUCAUCUACGGGCCUAACAGCAUAAGUGCUCUAUGCUCUCACCAACUUCCAACUGACUACUUCACCAAACUUCAAACAUUGUUUGUAUCACAUUGUGGAAAAUUGAAAAACUUGAUGUCUCCAUCAGUGGCCAGAGGUCUUUUGAAUCUCCAAACAUUAAAUAUAAGAGACUGCCAAUCAAUGGAAGAAGCGAUCACAGAAGAGGAAGAACAAGGAGAAGGAAUCAUGAUCUUAUUUUCCCGUUUGAAAUACCUGAGUCUCGCCCAUCUGCCUAAGCUGGGGCAUUUCUUUCUGACAAACCAUGCCCUUGAAUUUCCAUUUCUAAGAUAUGUGGAAAUUGAAGACUGCCCUGAAAUGAAGACGUUUGUUCAACAGGGAAUAUCUGUGAGUACACCGAUUCUCAUAUGUCGUGAUGAGGUGAAAGUGAUGAUCUCAAUAAAUGGAUACAGCAGGAGUUCAAUAACAAGGAACAAGAAGCUAGUGAUGACGACGAAGCUGAACCUAGUCAUGCCAGAAGUUAAUUAACAAGCAGAGGCGGAUCAACAUUAUUGUAACCUAUCGGCUAUAGAUCUUGUAUAUGUAUUAGUAAUAUCUA